UCUUUUUAAUGCUUUGCUUAGUAACGGGGAUCCUUGUGAGGACCUGUUUUGGGAGACUGUGUUCUGCCGACUACAGGCAUCUUUGGAAGGAAACCUAGACACAUCAGAAGCACGAAAUGGAGCCAGUGACCUUUGAGGAUGUGGCUGUGAACUUUACCUUAGAAGAGUGGGCUUUGUUGGAUACUAGUCAAAAGAAGCUCUACAGUACUGUGAUGAAGGAAACAUUUUUGAACCUGAUCUCCAUAGAGAAAGCACUAGAAGAUAAUACUGAAGAGGACUACAAAGAUCUCAGCAGAAAUAUGGGAAUUCAGGUGAUUGAGAAAGACUGUGAAUACGAAUGUGAUAGUGACUGUGAUAAAAACCAGGAAUCUAUUCCAGAGAAUGUUGUCAAUAAAGAUAUACCUCCUGGAAUAAGAGUUCAUGAAAGCCCAUUGCAUGUAAGAAAUGUCAUUAGUUAUUCAUCUUCACAUGGAUAUCUCAGAGACCAAACUAGAGGGAUACCAUCUCUAUAUAAGGAAGCUAUGAGAAAAGCUUUUACACAUCAGAAAUAUUGGAAAGAUACCACUCAUUUUGAAUCAAUUCAGGUACUUGAAACUCCUAAAGAGAAACUCUAUAAAAACCAAAAAUGUCAUGAAACCUCUAGGAGUCUCCCUUUUGAUCAGCCUCAGAAGAGAACUCACACUGGAGAUAAACUCAAAGAAAAUGACUUAACAAGAGAUACAUAUGGCCAAAAUGAUGAAGGAAUUCAUAAAGAAGUAAAACCCUUUGUAUGUAAACUCUGUGAAGAAUCCUUCAUUGAUUCCAGUGAUCUUAUCAACCAUGAAAAAAGUCAUAUUGGAGAGAAAAGGUACAUUUGUAGGCAACGUGGCAAAACAUUUAAUUAUGCAAAAUGUUUUGAAAACCAUGAAGUAAUUCACAAAGGAGAGAAGCCUUAUGCCGAUAAACAUUUUGGAAAAGCCUUCACACAGUUCAAUUAUCAUAAUAGUCAUGAAAGCAGUCAUAUUAGACAGAAGCCUUAUGCAUGCAAGCAUUGUGGGAAAGCAUUCACCAGUUCCACUUACCGAAACAUUCAUGAAAGAAUUCAUACUGGAGAAAAGCCUUAUGUGUGUAAGUAUUGUGGAAAAGCCUUCACCAGUUCUGCUCAUCGUAAUAUUCAUGAAAGAAUUCACAGUGGAGAAAAACCUUAUCCAUGUAGACAUUGUGAAAAAGCCUUCAGUGACUUAAGUCGUCGUAACAGACAUGAACGGAGUCACACUGGAGAGAACCCUUAUGCAUGUAGGCAUUGUGAAAAAGCCUUCAGCGACUCCAGUCGUCGGAACAGACAUGAAAGGAUUCACACUGGAGAGAAGCCCUAUACAUGUAAGUAUUGUGGGAAAACUUUUACCAAUUUCACUUCAUGUAAAGUUCAUGAAAGAAUUCACACUGGAGAGAAGCCUUAUGCCUGUAAGCAUUGUGGAAAAGCCUUUACCUGCUUCAGUCAGAUGAACGUUCAUGAAAGGGUUCACAGUGAAGAGAAGCCUUAUGCAUGUCAACAUUGUGGAAAAACCUUCAAAACUACUGCUUGUCGAAAUUUGCAUGAAAAAAUUCACACUGGAGAGAAAGACUUUGUCUGUAAAACAUGUGGGAAACUGUUUAUUCAGUCUAGUGAUCUUAAGAAGCAUGAAAGAGUUCACUCAAAAGACAAGCCUUAUACAUGUAAGCAUUGUGGAAAAGCUUUCAGUGACUCCAGUAGUUGUUGCAGACAUGAAAGGCGUCACACUGGAGAGAAGCCUUAGACAUGUAAGCCUUGUUAAAAAACCAAUUUCUGUUUGUAUAAGGCUCUUGAAAUAGUCCACACUGAAGCGAAACCUUAUGCAUGUAAGCAUUGUGGAAAAGCAUUUACCCACUCCAGUCAUCUGAACAUUCAUGAAAUGAUUCACACUGGACAGAAGCCAAAUGCAUGUAAACAUUGUGGAAAAACCUUCAGCACUUCUACUUGGUGUAACUUGCAUGAAAAAAAAAUCACACUGGAGUCAACCCCUUUCUGUGUAAAAUGUGGGAAACUUCAUUCAGUCCAGUGAUUUUAACAAUCAUGAAAUAGUUAACUCAAAAGACAAGCCUUAUGCAUGUAAGGAUUGUGGAAAAGGCUUCAGCUGCUCUGGUGAUCUUAACAGACAUGAAAUGUUGUUCAUGUCUGUUAAGCUUCACACUAGUUGGUAGCCUAAUGCUGGUAAGCAUUGUGGGUAACCUUCACUAUUUCUGGUUGGCACAAAAGUAAUAAAAACAUUCACACUGGAGAGAAACCCUCUGUUUGUAAACAUUUGAGAAACUAUUUCUUUGUUCUUGUCAUUUUAUCCAGCAUAAAAGAUCUCACACUGUUGAGGAACCUUAUCAUCCUCAGCAAUGUGGGAAAGCCUUCACCCCUUACAGUUUCUGUAACCCCUCAUGCAAGAAUUUACAGCUGAAAGAGGCCUAGUGCAUGUGUGCAUUUAAGUAUUGUGCAAAAACUUUCAUCAGUUCCUGUUGCCAUGAUGUUCUUGAGAAUUCACCCUGAAGACAGGUCUUAUAUGCAUAACCAUGUGGAAAAUCCUUUAGGAGCUCAAAUACUCAAUUUUUUUCCCCACUGGUGAAAGUCAUUAUGUUUGGAGUAAAUGUUCAAAAAUAUGUAAAGUUUUUAGAAACCUUGUCUUUUUAAAUAAUCUGUUCCUGAAUUUCUGUGUUUUAAAUCCAUGUUCAAACCCAAAAUGUUCUCCCAGUGAUAACUGCAGUGUGUAGAACUCUUUUAACAGUGACAGUGCACUGGUCAAAUUCUUGUGUUGUGAGGUAUGAAAAAAAGAAUGUGGUUGAACCAUGAGAUGUAAUAGUUGGUAAUGGUUCUUGCCAGAAAAUGUGAUUAUCUCAGUUACCUUCGUGAAUCUUACCUGGUGGAAAUGGAGACCCACUUCCCAAAAGUUGUCUCCUGAGAAUCCCAUGCACACAUCCUAAUGAACAGAGAGUGAGAGAUGGAAAUGAGCAAAGAAAUAAUGACAUUUUCAUAAGAGCAGAGACAUAACUAACAAAUACAAUAUUUUAAUGGGAAAAGAAACAGAUUGUGAGACUUGCAAAAGUGUAAUUUUAACGCCCAAUAUUUUACUAUAUAUAGUACGAAAACCACUUGCAGUAUGAGCAAUAAUGUCUUUUUUUGGUGGUGUUCUUGUUUUUUUUCUUUAGCUGGCUAAGGCAGCAGCAGCUUUGAAAACAGCUGUAGAGGUUAUAUACUUGGGAAUGGCCCAGUAGGCUAAUAAGUGUUCCCAUUGGUGGAACUGUUUGAGGACGAUUAGAAGGUAUGGCUGUUGAUGGGUAUCUCUCAGUCUAGACAGGUUUUGAGAUUUCCAAAGACAUUGACACUCCUAGUGUUGUCUCUCUGCCUCCUGAUUGUAGAUUAUCACGUGAGCUCUCACUUGUUCCUACCACCAUGCCUUUGCUCCGCCAUCACAGGCUCUAACCUUCUGCAAUUAUAAGCCCAAUGUGACAAAUCAUUUUAAAAGUUCCUUCACUGUUUCUGAUGUGCCACAGCUAUAGAAAAGAAACUUAGACAACCACCUUGAGGCUUUAAGAAGAACCAAUUCCAGUCAAAAAAAAUUUAUUGCAAACUUGUGAAAAAGCUGGGUGUCAUUUAAAAUGAGAAAAGUUAUGAAACUUUUCUCAUAUACUUGGAUCUUAUAUCAGAAAUAAAUACUUUCCGGAAGUUAUUCCAGGAAUUUCAGAAAAAAAAGUUUAAAAGAAGUACAUUAAAAUUUUGAACGUUUUUAUUAUUGGCUCAUUCCUAUACAGGAGAUUUACUUUGAAUUGUUUUAUUAGGAAGGUAAGACAUGGUUUCUGUGGUUACUCCAGGUUAUCUUCUCACAUCUGAAGAUUUGGAGCUAGGAAGCACAAAUGACAGAAGAGAAGAGAGAUUUAUCUUUCUGAGUCUGGGUUAGCACACUCAUUUUCUAUUUGAUUCCAUCUACCAAACAGUUUUUCGAUUUAGGAAUUCUUUGUGCCUGAAUAGUAAAGGGAAUAGCUGGAUGUGGCUGACAUGAGGGGGCACAUGUGAAAUCCUUGGAGGAAGAGAUUUCUAAUUAGGGAUGAAUUGAAGACAGUCAAUACAGGAGAGAAAUGAGAGACAAAUACCAAUGUUGUUUGGUAAUGGUUAAGAAGUAGUUAUUUUGUAAACACCCAAAAUUUUAUACCAUACAUAGUGUGAAUAGUAAAUAUAGCUAUUAUAGAAAAUGUAAUAAUGAUAUAUAAUAUAUAAUAAAGGUGUGAAUACAAGAUUAUGUACACUCAUGGGUAAACACAGGCACAUAUUAAAUGAGAUUAUGUCACUUGGCUUGACAAUCCCUACCCCCAAGAACCCUACAUUAAUAAAAACAAUAGUACCAGGCAUGAGGAAUCUCCAUUUGAGUAUUUCAUGAUAGUCUAUGUAAUUCCUCAAGUAAUUUAACAUAUGACUCCUUCCUUUGGUCAUAGUUGAGAGGUUUAAGGUAAGUCGUAUUUGCCAAACCAUCCCACAUUUUGGAGUAGGACUGGGAAGGGUUAACCUGGAUCUAACAUCAAAACCACCUUCAUUAGUCUGUCAUAGUAAUAGAUACAGUGCAAUUUGGCAAGUGGGAGAAGUAGUCAAUAGGCCUCCCAGCUGUGACUUCUGCUGUGAUUUAGAUGAGAAUGCCCCCCAUAGAUUCCUAUAUUUGAAUGCUUGGUUACCUUGGUGGGACUGUUGGGAAGGAUUAGAAGA